AUUGGUCAAUUUCUUAAGGCUUAGAGCUUAAAUUCUUAUUGUAGACUCCGCUUACUAAGUAACGUGAUUUAACUUUUUCGAAUAAAAAUCUUAAACUGCAAUGGCUAAAGCAUUAACUCUGCUGAGAACAAUACGAAAUAAUUGGAAGAAAUCGUUGUUCGGAACUGCAGCUUUUUCGUAUGGAAUUUUAUAUGGCAAAGAAGUAUACGAAACAGAACAAUUAAUGCAACAGUAUUGCAAAGAAGCAGCAAGGUAUGGAGAUGCACCUUGUCCUACAAAUGUUAAACCUCGUCAUGUAGCUGUUAUUCUAAAUCCAGCAGCUAAGAAAAGGAAAGCAAAGAAGCUGUUUGAUAAAUACUGUGUGCCUUUGUUACACUUGGCUGGUAUCGCAGUAACCAUCAUAGAUAUACAAUCUGGCAGUCAUGCGCGUAAUACCAUAAUCAAUUUAGAAACACCCAUGGAUGCUAUUAUUGUAGCUGGUGGAGAUGGCACUUUAUCAGAUGUAGUCACUGGCUUAAUAAGAAAGUAUGAGGGUAAUUUACAAUCUGUUAAGCAGUGCCCUAUCGGCAUUCUGCCAUUGGGAAACACAAACACAAUUGCGAGUAGAUUUUUUCGAGAAUACACAGACUUAUCUGAUAUACGUCAUAUUAUUGAUGCGACAAUGGCAAUAGUAAAGAAUAAACUUAAAUUAAUAGACGCACUUGAGAUCAAGGUACUAGAAGACGAUUCAGAGAAACCUAUAAAACCGAUUUAUGCCGUGGGAGGCAUCAAAUGGGGAGCAUGGAGCGACACGCACGCACGCAUCGACAAGUAUUGGUACUGGAGUUACUUGCGCAAAUACGCAGCUUAUGUGUUCAAUGGUUACAAAUCGGACCUAAAUUGGAAAUGUAAUAUGACACUGAAGUACACCAAUCCUUGCAAAGGAUGUUCCCACUGUUAUUCCAAAGAAAUAUUUUCUGAUCAAUCUGCAAAUUCGAACAGGAGAUGGUGGCAUGCAUUUUUACCAAAGACACGACAGUUUAUAUCUGAUAAUCACAUCGAUUAUAGUAAAGUGAUAAACGAAGAUUGUGCUAUUUUCCAUGAAUUGUCCAUUUCGACAACCGAAUUACACAUAAAAACAGAAAAUGUAAAUAGCAGAUCGGUACCUUCGUUAGAAGUUUCUCUAGGUCCAGAUAAUGUUGGCUACAUUUCAUUUGUAAAGGAAGGAUGGAAACAGGAAAAAUAUGACGAGCCGCCGGUAAAUCCAGUAUUGGAUGCAAAAUACAUUGAAUUAUAUCCCAAACAAAAGGACAAAAAUCGGACGUUUUACAUCGACCAUGAAGAAUACGAUUUGAAGCCAAUUCAAAUUAGGUUACUUCCACAAUCUAUAACAAUGUUUUGUCCCGAAAAUAGUAAAGACGAAUAAAAAGAAACAAAUGAA